AUGCCUUCGAAAUCAGAAAAUCGAAAGACACCACAGCUGGGCAGCGAGGAUCUGAUCCCUUUUGACCAUGCUGCUGCCGGACAUGACGGCGUUCGCUGUACGGCCUCUGGCGCCCUGAUCGCGAAACCGUGCACGCGGCAAGAGGUAGAAUUCUACGAAUCCAGCGCGCUCCACCCGGAAUUACAGGAGUUCAUGCCUCUCUACGUCGGAUCCCUCUCAUCUUCCGAACAACAGCAACCGCUGGCGAUUGCUGCCGCCCGAGAAUCUGGCAUCCUUCCCCUCUCCGAGCCCGGCGACGUAACGGCCGAUUUCUCCCAGCCUAGCCAACCGCCAUCCCACACAACCGCCACGCACAAAGACGGCGCUGCCCCUGCUAAGGAGGAAUCAGUAUGGGUGCCCUCUGGAGGCAAGGAAAUCGAUACUGGUUUGUCGAUCGUGCUGGAGAACAUCGCCUGUGGGUUCCGUCGGCCAAACGUGCUGGACGUUAAGCUCGGCGCGCGUUUAUGGGCGGACGAUGCGCCGCUCGAGAAGCGGAAGAAACUUGAUACCGUAUCGAAGGAAACCACCAGUUCUAGCGUUGGAUAUCGCAUCGCGGGCAUGAAAGUCUGGACUGGCCACAAUGGGGAGACCGAUGAGGGCGAUCGGACAAACCCGUAUGCUACGAAAUACGAGGGUGCAGAGGGCGAAAGAGGCGAAGUCAUCGAGAAGGAUGGCUAUCGGCGGUAUGACAAGUGGUACGGUCGCUCCUUCAGUAAGGAUAAUGUCAAGCAAGGCUUUGAAACCUUUCUUGCUGGCGCAAAGGCGGGCAAGAUAGACCGAUCAAAAAUGGUCGCCCAGCGCUUGACGGAAGAAUUGAAAAACUUGCAGCGUGUUCUUGAAUCAAAAGAGAGCCGGAUGUACUCUGCGAGUGUAUUGGUGGUCUACGAAGGAGAUAUAGAAGCGAUGGAGCAGGCAAUUGAAGAGGAACAGAAAGCCCCAGCAACCCGUUCUCGGGAAGAAGAAGAUGAUGAUGAAGAUGACGAGGAAUUUGAACUUCCCGAAGAAGCUUUCCAGAUGGUUAAUGUCCAGCUUGGUGAUGGGAUGCCUCAACAGGCUAUCAAUAUCAGCAUUGACCCCGAAACCAUGCAGAUGCCCGACGUGGACGAUGACGAGGAGGACGAAACUCCUAAAGUCCACGCCCUCCGCCUGAUUGAUUUUGCACAUGCCAGCUGGACCCCUGGACAAGGCCCGGAUGAGAAUCUACUCAUGGGUGUGCGCAGCCUCGUUAAGAUGUUUGAGGAACUGGCAGAGUGA